CGAUUGGUUAAUUUCAAUGGAGUAACUAGCCGGUUAUAUAUAUAAAUUUAUAAAUUAACCACAGUUAGAAGUUAAGAGAAACGGGCAGUAGCUCCAUGAAUUCAUGGAGAAAGGUUAAUGGCAUAUGACAAUAGCAUCAAAUCAUAAAGAAAAGAAUACGUAUACCGUUGUUUAAAUAAUCAAACAUAAAACAUUAUCAGCAUUGCACUAUUAUCACUAUUAUAUUAUAUAUAUUACAAGCAUAUUUUUUGCGACAAAUUACACAAUUAAUUUGUUUAGCUGUUAACUCAAAAAAUGUCUGCGAAAAUAUCACGUACACGUGUGUCGUUGCACACGUUAAACAAGACAAAGAUGUUGAAAAGCAAUAAUCAGCAACAACAAUGUACGAAAGGAAAAAAUAAAAAGACUCUCAUUAUUGCACAAGAAAUUAAAUUUGCACGGCUAUUGGCUGAUAAUGACAAGAGGAUACGGGACAAAGUAUUAAAAAGUUUGAAAAAAUGGUUGACAGUGCGCUCUCAAAGUUCGUUUGCAUUUACCGAGAUGGAUUUUAUGAGUUUAUGGAAAGGCCUGUUCUACUGCAUGUGGAUGUCUGACAAAAUGUUGAUUCAAGAAGAACUGGCAGAAUCUCUUAGUAAAAUAGUGCAUUGUCUUAAUUCCAAAGAUAAUAUUAUACUUUAUACAACUUGUGCUCUAAAAACUCUUGCCACAGAAUGGUUUGGCAUAGAUCAGUACAGAUUGGACAAAUUUUCUAUGUUGGUUAGAAGAAUACUGCGCCAAACAUUUGUAGUAUGCAAGGAUAAAGCAUGGGAUAUGCAAUGGAUAAAAGAAAUAUCCCAAAUAUUUGAAAAACUCUUUUUAUGCCCAAAGACUAACUUGGGUUUUAGUCUACAUGUAACAGAGAUAUAUCUAGAAGAGCUUGCUAAGAUCAGCAAUGAAAAUUUGUCAGAAGAAGAUGUGACUGAAUUUAUUAGGCCGUUUGUUAUAUAUUUAAUAACAACUAAAGAUGAACAUCAAAUGAAGCAUAUUAUGAAGCAUAUUUUUAGGUACCUCAUAUUUCAAUCAAAUAUAGGUAUUGAAUACAUGGAAAAAUUUGCAGCCUGGAGACAAGCUGGUUUUCCUUGCACACAUUUGGAUGAUAUGAAAAAGUUAGAAUUAUCAGACAUGGAAGAUAAUUCUGAAAAUAAGGAUGAAUUUUCUGAAACUGAGAUACUAAUGGAUAAAGUUGAAAAACCUUUAGAUCCACGAGCAGGUAGAGUCGAUGUGGAAUUGCCACAAAUUUCAUUUAAUCCUGCACAGAUUGUUCACUUACUCUCAAGUUAUAAAUUUCAUCCAUCCUCAACGGCAAAGUCACGGAGACAACUUACAAGAAUUUUGCAAGAGUUUAAAGAUUUGUCAGAAGGAAAGAUGCCUCUUGGGACAAAAAAAGUUAGAAACCCCAUUUGGCAAAAAAAAGAUACAGAUUCAAAAAAGGCUGCUCUUCGCCUUAUUCAAUUUGAGAAGGACUUAUACAGUGAUAAUAUUAACAAUAAAAGAAAAAGAUAUAAAUAAAUAAUGGGUCUUAUUUUGUAACAUGAGUGCUGUACCAAAUAUUGCCGACGAAGCCAGGACAUGCAGAAGGCUUCGACCCUGAUGAUCUUUGAUGUUGAGACUAGGCCUGCCUUGGCCAGCAGCUCCAGCGUUUUCAAGGCCGCGUCGAAGUUGUGAUGAAGGGAUUACAGUGGCGUGUGAAUGAGCUGAUGGAAGAGGAUAUGCAAGGCAGUCGUGCCGCUGCCGGCUUCUUUAACGCUCGAGGGGCAGCCAUGCUUCAAGAGAUCUUCCACGAAUUUCAACACGUUGCUCGGCCAUCAUUCUGGAUCACUCGGUGCAGCGCCGUCUUGCCGCGCGGCGAACGCACAUCAAACAAAAGUUUUCUGUACGACGAUGAUGCAACACAAAUACCAAGAAAAGCAGAUCCGAAGAUAAACCAUUUUGCAAUAAAUAAAUCAGGAUAUAUUAUCUUUAAACAAAAGUUUUUUUGUUUUAGGAUUUUCGACUCCUUUUCUCUCUCUCUCCAGGACGUUGUACUUGAAUCAUGACAAUCUUCCUUUGUCUCUUUUUCCCUUUUUUUAACAUAAUGGGCGACGAAUUCAGUUGAAGCGCCUAAUAAAAAGUUGUUAUAAUCUGUUAUAAUAUGUUAGGCACAUUCAAUUCAGCCAUAUUCCAGGAUAAAUAUAGCCAAACAGCAACCUCGACAGUAAUAUCUGAAAUCAAAAGAAAUCCGUCUAAAGUCUCAUACAGUAAUAAUAAUAAUAACGGAAAUGUCAUCAAAUCUUUUCAAGAGAUGGGAGAAACAAAAUUUUAUGUAUACUAUCUUCAAUCAUGAUCAGGACUUGGAAUUACUCU